AUGGCUGAACCGGUCGAGCUUCAAUUGUUUCCAUCUUGCUAUUCCUGCCUGGCGUGGUCCGCGGACGGCGAGCUGGCUGUCGCGGCGGGAGAGAAUGUCCACUUCCUAACCCCUAAUAUUACAAGUCGUAGUGCAGGCACUGCGCAGUCUACGGGGAAGCCGAGCCCGUGGCUGUUCACGCGCGUCCGCGUGAAUAUGUUCACCAACAAGGAGUGGGAAAUGACCUGGCCACAGACUCGCGAUCACUUCUCGGUUGGAGCCGAACAGUCCAUCAGUACGGUCGCGGCUCUCUCGUGGUCGCCGCCAGGAUUGGCUAAGCACCGACGCUGUCUCCUGGGUGUCCUGACCUCCAAUUUGGUCCUGUCUUUCUACGAACCUGUCGGGCCGCAGGGGAAAUGGACUCGAGUCGCGAUUGCGUCCAAUGCCCUUGCGCAGUACUUCUCGUCGCAGUCCAUCGCUGACCCGGGACUCAAGCUUCGCAAGAAGCGAAUCCGCUCGUUUGCGUGGUGCCCGCCGCUCAAAGACCCUGCGUUGACGGAGGGAGCCGGCGCAUCCGACGAUGCCAUUUUAUCGCUAGAACAGCGCUGGGGUCGGUACUUGCUUGCAGUUACCAACGAUGAUAAUGAUUUUAUCAUCCUUGAGAUCAAGCGUCGGCAGGGGAAAUCAGCUUCUGGAAGCCCCUACACCAUCGAGGCCCUCUCACAUAUCUCAAUUCAUGACCCUGUUGGGAAAUUUCCCAUGAUCGCAGGCGGAUCGUUGUUUGCCAAGGAAAUGAAGUCUAGAGCUCGAGUGUGUCACAUUUCGUGUGGGCCAUGGAUCCGCCAGUCAUCCUAUGGAGACAAGGAUGCAUUAUCAUCGAGAGCAAUUGUCGGAGCGAUCUAUGGCUCUAAACUCAAGCUCAUAGACUUGGAUGCGCGUUCCGUGUCAGGUGAUCGUGUUGAAGUGCGCAUUGCUGACAGGGCCGAGUUCUCUGUACCCGGUUGCAAGCUCGAAGAUGUCAAUUUCACGGGACCACUUCAGUGGGUGUUCGACGAACAAUCUUCUUCGAUCGUCUUGGCCGCCGGUAUUUUCGUUGGACGAGCCAUACUGACUCUGUCAGAAGAGGUGUACACAGGCAAAGACACACAAAACAAGGGCGUCGCAUUCUCUCAGCGGCUGUUCUCAGACGACAGAGGCGAUGGCGCAGACAGUGUCAGUCAAAAAGAUCAUUCUCGAUACUGGGAGCCGAUAAGUUCAAUCACUGUCGUAAACGACAAGAACGGCAAACCAGAUACUCUGCACUUGAGCACAGUCGGAGCCUGGGCAGAGGCGUCUCCCUGCUCAACGCUCCAAGAAGGACAGAUCCUUCAUCCUGAAUGGAAGAAGCAAGUCGAGGAUUUCCGCGAGCGGUUCGAUAUCGACCGUGACUUGGGCGGUCUAGCAGUUGCUCGGACCUGGGGACUGGCUACGUAUCGCGGUUGGAUCGUGGCGGCCUUCACCAUGCACCCGGGUGAUAUGGUCGAGUAUACGACGGCCGCAGAGGAGCGGACCACGCUCGUCUUCUCUGCGGCAGCACCAGACAUCAGCGCAACGGACGGCCCACUACCGGAGAUGCCAAACUUGACGGAAGAGCACUUCCGGAAACAGCGGGAAGGAAUCUUGCGGUUUAUCCUCAGCCAUGCCGCUUCGGAAGAGAAAGGAUUACGGAAUAUUAGUAUCGAUCUGCGAUCUGCAAAACUCGUCUACGCAGCAGCAGCAUGCUCGAUCGUCGAGCAUCGAAACGAAGAAUUGCUCUCCCUCGCGCGGCAAGCUCUCGAACGACUAUCAACCUCAUGUGGUGGCACCGAUCUGAGCGACGAGAUAUCGAAGUGCUCCCCUACCGCGUUUGUCGACUCCGCUCCAACCAUUGCAUCCAAGUCUGCCGAUGUGCUGCUUAACGGUCCCGGAGGCAGAAUUUUCGAGAAAUGCGAGAUAUGCGGUUCCGGAAUCGAAUGGUACUCUGUGCCAGAGGCGCAAUGCACAGCGGGGCAUCUUUUCGUUUUUGCCUGGCUGGAGGGAAGCUAA